GACGGAAUACAACCUGGUGCCAUUGAAAAAAAUUACCUACGGAAAGAAGUUGCUGCUUUUUUAUCUUCAAGUCCCUGCUUUUAAUAUUAAAAGUCCCUGCCUCUCAACGAACGCAACUCUGCCGAGCUCCAGCAACUUUUGCGUCGCAUACUUUAAAAUAGACAGGACAAAAAUUUAUCUAUUUCUUUGGUCCAUCUUCGUAUUAAUAUUUAUUCGGUUGCUGCCACCACCCAACUUGUCGAUCUAAUUGGCUCCUCCCCCUCCAAACUUGUUUUCUCGACCCUCAAAAUCGUCACAUCCAUCAAGAUGGUCCAACCGAGUACUAUAUUAACGAUAUCCGCCGCCACGGCCGCGACAGGUAUUCUGGCCUAUGCGAUCUAUUUCGACUACCAACGUCGGGCAGACCCUAACUUCCGACGGAACUUACGAAGGGAAGAGCGACGACAAGCGCGCGCCGAGAAGGAAGAAGCUGUAGCGCAGACUAAGCAGAAGCGCAGAGACAUUCAGAUGGCCGUGGAUCAAGCUACGGAAGACGGCUACCCCACCGGUGUUAACGAGAAGGAGCAGUUCUUCAUGGACCAUGUCCAGAAGGGAGAACUUCUCGCCGCUGACCCAUUAAACACAAUGGAAGCCGCACUAGCCUUCUACAAGGCUCUGAAGGUAUACCCGACUCCGGGGGACUUGAUUUCUAUAUACGAUAAGACCGUGGAUAAGCGUGUCCUAGACGUCCUAGCAGAAAUGAUCGCGUACGACAAGACGCUCGACCUGGGCGCCGGUAUCAACCUCUCCGAUCUGCCCAGCGCCGGUCUGGAUUAGAACUCCAUUUAUAGGCCGCGGCGGUUACUCACAACUCCACUCUUCCCUAGGAGGCGGACGGUGAAUCAUGUCAACGGCGGCGAUGGCCAUGAUAGCCUUGACCCGGAUCCAUUCCCUCCCGAGGAGGCUGAUUAUUAAAAAAAGAGAAAGAAGGAAAAAAUCACAUUAUCAAAAAAGCAAAAGCCAAAGUAAAGGAAAAUAAAAAAUUUCAAGAUAACCCUCCGCUUUAGGAGAAGAGGAGAACCCCCGAGCAUCGAAUGGUCUAAAAGAUGGCCCUAUUAGGUAUACUACUAUACGCAUAACACACACGCAACACACAAACAAACAAACAAACACAUGGGGAUACCUUGUAUGAUAUAUGGUCCGGCGCGGCUGGCUAAGGGCGGCUGCUGGUCGUUUAUUAGGCUGCCGGUUAUUCCGCUGUAGAAUAAGGGUGGCUCCGCUGUACAUUUUUCAUGAUGAUAAUGUCUGGGGGGCUGGUAUAGACAAAUUAUGGAUCAUGAACCCUUUUUUUAUUAUUUUUUCUUUUUUUAUUGUUCGCUCUAUGUUAUGCGAUUUGCUCAACCCCUUUCCCUCCCCACCC